AUGGCGACCGGAACAGCCGCCGCGGCGCCGCAGUCCCGAGGCCGCCGAGACAAGCUGCUGAGCAUUGAGGAGGCGGUCCAGGCACGGUGGGCGCGCGAGAAUCCCUACGAGGUCGACGCGCCGGCGAAAAACGCGGAGAAGAAGAAAUACUUUUGCAGCUUUCCCUACCCGUACAUGAACGGAAAGCUCCACUUGGGCCACGCCUUCACGCUGUGCAGAGCCGAGUUCCAAGCCCGCUUCCAGCGCAUGCAAGGAAAAAACAUUCUCUGGCCUCUCGGGCUCCACUGCACAGGCAUGCCGAUCCUCGCCUGCGCCGACAAGCUGAAGCGCGAGGUCGCGCAACGAAAGGCCGAACAAGAAAGCGACACACACGCGGAAAAACGCCCUGACGACGAGAGUGCUGUGAACGGCGCCGAGCAAGAAAAGCGCGAAGAAGACGCGAAGAAGAAAAAGUCCAAAGUGGCAGCAAAGACUGGGAACGCCAAGACGCAGUGGGCAAUCAUGCAGGGGAUGGGAAUCCCCGAGGACGAGAUUGCCUCCUUCGCCGACGCGGAGCACUGGCUGCGCUACUUCCCGCCGCUCGCAAAGCGCGACGUGACUCGCAUGGGCUUCGGCAUCGACUGGCGGAGAACCUUCGUGACGACGGACGUUAACCCCUUCUACGACGCGUUCAUUCGCUGGCAAUUCAACACUCUCAUGAAACGCGGGAAACUGAAGUUCGGCAUGCGCGCGACAAUCUUGAGUCGGCGCGAGAAACAGGCCUGCGCCGACCACGACCGGGCGAGUGGCGAAGGCGUCGGGCCGCAGGAGUACACAGUCGUGAAACUUUUCGUUCAGGAAGAGAAACUGCGAGCGGCGUCAGUUGCGCAGCACGAACCCCUAGUUCAGCUGCUCGACGAACUAAAGACCGCGACAGCCGCGAAGAAAGUUUCCCUCGUCGCUGCUACUCUCAGACCCGAAACGAUGUACGGCCAGACUAACUGCUACGUUCUGCCUGAAGGAAAGUACGGUCUGUAUUUGGCAUUCACGAAUCCGAAGAAGAGCCUGAGCACCGCGGCAGACGAUGAGGCGGCGCAGGCGGAGAGCGAGGAAGAGUUCGAGACGCUGAUGACUCGGGAAGAAGCGCUGAGUGCAUGCACAGAGAUCUUCAUCUGCAGCGAGCGGUCCGCCCUGAACAUGGCUUACCAAGGCUGGCUGCCGAUGCAGGCCGCCGACGACCCGGACGGGUUGCCCUCACCGCACUGCCUCGGAACAGUCGAGGGUGUGAGCCUCAUUGGUGUCCCUCUCACGGCCCCCAACGCGACGUACCCCACGAUCUAUGCUCUCCCGAUGCUGACCAUUUCCAUGAACAAAGGGACUGGCGUCGUGAUGUCGGUUCCCAGCGACGCGCCCGACGACUACAUGGCGUUGCAAGACAUGAAGAAUAAGCCGGAUUUCUUCAAGGAACGUUUCGGAGUGUUGCCGGAGUGGGUUCAGCCGUUUGAGCCUGUCCCGAUUAUCGACAUUCCCGGCUUGGGGGCGCUGCCGGCAGUGACGCUGUGCAAGGAGAAGAAGGUGGCGAGUCAGAAAGACACGCAAAAGCUGCUGGAGAUCAAAGAGGAAGUCUACAAAAAGGGCUUUUACGACGGCGUGCUGCUCGUCGGCCCUUGCGCAGGCCAGAAAGUCGCAGACGCCAAGACCAUCGUCCGCGACGAAAUGAUCGAGCGGAAAGAGGCCUUCCGGUACUUCGAGCCGGAAAAGAGCGUCGUCGCGCGCAGCGGCGACGAGUGCGUCGUCGCCUUCAUGCACCAGUGGUACCUCGACUACGGCGAGGAAAAGUGGAGAGAAACGGUCGAGGCGUACAUCAACUCGGACGCGUUCCAAACGUACUCCCCCCAGGUGCUUCAUCAGUUCAAGCACGUCGUCGGCUGGCUGCGGGAGUGGGCAUGCAGUCGCAGCUACGGCCUCGGCACCUACCUGCCGUGGACGAAGGAUUCUUCUCGCCCCGUGCUCAUCGAGUCGCUUUCUGACUCCACGAUUUACAUGGCGUACUACACCAUUGCGCAUCUUCUCCAGGGAAAUGACAUGUACGGCCAGGAGAAGGGUACCCUCGGCAUCGCGGCGGAGCAGCUGACGGACGAAGUCUUCGACUACGUUUUCGCGCAAACCGAGGAACUGCCCGCGGGAUCUUCCAUCCCCGUCGAGCACUUGAAACGCAUGCGCCACGAAUUCGAGUACUGGUACCCCCUGGACCUGCGCGUGAGCGGCAAAGAUCUCAUCUUCAAUCACCUCACCUUCUCGCUGUACAGCCACGUGGCGAUGUGGCCGCACCGCCCGGAUCUCUGGCCCAAGGCGUUCGUGUGCAACGGGCACGUCAUGGUCGACGCGCAGAAGAUGAGCAAGAGUGUCGGAAAUUUCAUCACCAUUCAAGAUGGCAUCAAAGAAUUCACCGCCGAUGCCAUGCGCGUCGCCCUCGCGGAUGCAGGCGAUACCGUAGACGACUCGAAUUUCCAGCGGGAGACGGCGAACGGAUCCAUCAUGCGGCUGUACCUUCUGGAGCAAUUCGCGAACGAAGUCGUGAACGGCACUUUGCCGCUUCGCACGGGGCCGUACUCGGACGCAGACCGCCUGUUCCUGAACGAGAUCGUGACGUGCACGCAGGAGACGAAAGAAGCGUACGAGAUCUUCCAGUACAGAGAGGCGCUGAAGAAGGGUUUGUACGAGAUGCACACGCGGCGAGACCAAUAUCGCCUUCUCUGCGGCGAGGACCACAUGCACAAAGAUCUCGUCAUCACUUGGCUAAAAACGCAGUGCCUCACUCUCGCGCCGAUCGCGCCCCACAUCUGCGAGCACAUCUGGAGCGAAAUUCUGAAGGAGCCGGUUCUCGUCGUUGCUUCCGCGUGGCCUACUUUUCCUGAACAUCCUCAGGAUCCCAUCCUGCACAGACAGUUUCUCUUGCUGUUGGCCUCCGUCGAGGACUUCCGCAGAACGAAGGAGAAGGCUGUGCAGAUGCUCUCCGGAGGAAAAAAGAAGGCCCAGCAGCCUCGACCGGCAGAUCAGGCUGUUCCGGCCUUGACGCAUGCAGUCGUCUAUGUGGCCAAGGAGUAUCCUCCUCUUCAGCAACAAGUUCUGACUCUCCUGCAGACGGCGCCCAUCCACAAAGGAGAAGACGGGACGUGGUGUGCAGGAAAGGAGUACAUGGACAUUGUCAAGAACGAUGAGGGGAUCAACGCGCUCGACAAAAAUGCGAAGAAAGAAGCUCUUGCCUUUGCUUCCUUCCAAAUGCGUGAUGAACUGAAGGCGUAUGGUCGCAGCGCCUUGGACCUUCGGCUUCCAUUCGAUGAGCUGCAUCUGUUGCAGGCUCAUCAGCGCUACCUUCAAGUCUCCCUCGGUCUCACAGAGAUCGCCUUUUUGCCGAGUGACGAGGCCCACGCGAAGGAUGACAGUCCCAACCGGAAGCUGGCAAAGCCGGGAAAGCCUUCAAUCUUUUUCUACGUUGGCUGA